UGUGAUGGGGAGGUUGGACCUUCAUGAUCCUUGAGGUCCCUUCCAACCUGGGCCAUCCUGUGAUUCUGUGAUUCAUGAGGAUGGUGAUUGUGUGGCCACAGGGCUCUGCUGUCACCAAGGGCCGUUAUUAUGAAGUUUUCUGAUAGCUGCUGCUUUCUGACAUGUGUUGCUGUGCAUGGAACUGUGAUCUUCCCAUGGGAUUUUCUGCUGUUUUGCAGUUGGGCCAAAGCUUUUGCAGUACGUUGUGAAAGUCAUUGCACAGACCGUGCAGUUACUGCACGCGAUGCUGAGGAUGGAUCCGCCCUCCUAUGUUCUCCUCCAGAAUCCUCCGGGUUUGCCCAGUAUAGCUGUUGCCUGGGUUGCCUGUCUUUUCUGGAGAAGCAAGCUGAUAAUUGAUUGGCACAAUUAUGGAUACACUAUCAUGAGUCUGAAUCAUGGAAGGAAUCACCCACUAGUGCUCAUUGCAAAAUGGUAUGAGAAGCUCUUUGGGCGUUUGUCUGACUGUAACCUGUGUGUCACUGAUGCCAUGAAGGAAGAUCUGUGGGUGAAUUGCAACAUCAAGGCAGUAACACUGUAUGACAGGCCAGCUUCUUAUUUUAAGGAAACACCAUUAGAAGUUCAGCAUCAGUUGUACAUGAAGCUUGCCAAAGACUAUGAACCAUUUAAACCACAGCAUGUUACAGAGUCUGUCAGUUGGAAUGCUGAGAGGUCUGCCUUUACAGAAAGGGAUGAGAAGAGUGGGGCUGUGAUGAAAAGCAGAGGACGGCCAGCUCUUCUCAUCAGCAGCACCAGCUGGACAGAGGAUGAAGACUUUUCAGUCCUUCUGAAGGCAUUGGAAGAUUAUGAGCAGUAUAUCAGUGAGGGAGUCAAGCUUCCAGCUUUAGUAUGUGUGAUAACAGGUAAUGCUUUCUUCGUGUUGUAAUUCUUUCUUUUUGCU